GUAAAUUUACAACUUCUCAUUUCGACUGGAACACCUUUGUUAAGUAGCAUCGUAGGUGACUGGUAUCAGCGAGAGACAUGCUAUUACCCUUGGCUGGUCAGAGGAGUCUCUUGAGUUUGUAAGUAAAUUUGACUCUGAGAUUUGAUUUUGCUAUGCUGAAGAGUGACACCGCCCUAAAGAUGAAGACUGAUGGUAAAGGCAUCUGUGACAUUCCGAGGGACAAUGGUCUGGAGUAUUUAACUGCUGAGGAGAAGGCCUGUAUCAUGUUUCUGGAAGAGACCAUUGAGUCCUUAGAUGCAGAGGAAGACAGUGGCUUGUACAGUGAACUUGAUCACAUGCCUGCCCCUGGCAAUGUGGCCACCAAAGCUGCCUUUCUCUCCGCCUCCAUGGACAAGAGCAAGUUUGAAAAUGUGUCUAAAUACCACGCUGAGACCCCCAAGCCGAUGAACAGUCAAGAAAAUGAUCAUAUCAUGAAUUAUCUGGUUCCUACGCCUUUUGUCCAGGCAAAUGGUUCAUCUUUUGUUCAGCCCAAAACCAGGCAGGGUGGAUCUAUAUAUAAACCCAGAGAAGAAGACACGUCUAAAAAAAACAAGUUAUGCAAGGGGCCACCUCCUGUGCCUUCUGAGGUGAAUGUGGUGGUAAUUCCUCCUCCAGUUAAGAUCAAAAGUACUGCUGAAAAAGUGAGAGGCCAGCAGGAUGACCAGAAUGUGAACGGCGUAGCCUCUAGGGGACCACUGUCCUACGAGGGUCUGGUGAAGCUGCGCAAAAGCGCAUCCGUGAAGAAAAGCUCCGACGUCUCUACGUCUUGGAGUAGGCAGGGAGAGGAGUUGCCCGUUGGACCUGCAGAUCGCAUGCAUUCUAAGGAGGGGAACGCUGCACGCUUUCAUCUUAACAGGAGCGCUUCCAGCGUACAGUCCAGAGAGAGCAAAUGCUUGCAGACCAGUCCGCAUGCUGUUGUGCCCAAACCCAAUAAGAUUUCCCCAGAUGGAGCUCUGACAAGUGAAAAACAAAUUACCACCAUCACCUCCAGCACAGACUCUGCUAAAGCUUAUCUGGGUACAUCACCUGGUGGCAGGGUUUUGAUGAAUCCAGAGAGGGUCAGGAUGGAGGCCCUACACAAACUGGGUCUCCUGAAAAAAGAGGAGUCAAAUACGAGAUCCUCUCAAAAACUCCCCAGUCCCCCCGAAUCUCAGAGCUCAGAGCAUCCGUCUCUUCAUCCGUCUCUUCAUCCGUCUCUUCAUUCAUCUCUUCAUCCGUCUCUUCAUUCGGCUACAUCGUCAGAGACUUCAGAUGUCAACAGCGUGCUAACGACGAGCAGCAAAAUCCUCCACCAUUGCUCCGCAAGCAAUGUACCAACAGCGUCUCCAUGCUCUCAGCUGACCAGGCCGUCGGGUGGGAAGGCUGCCACCCUGGAACGUCCUGGGAUGGGACCUGUGAGUGGCAUAUCUACUAAAAGCAGAGAUUCAAAAGACAGUUCGCUUGGACACCCCUCACCUGCCAACAGAUUUCAAGGGUCAGGGAAAACGUCAAAAACAUCAAAACGACUCCCCCACGAGCCGUCACCUGCUCCCGGGCUGAGUGUGCUGACGGUGCCCAACCUGGGAGAGGAUCGGCGAGAGGCUCUGAGAAAACUAGGACUACUGAAGGUCUGAGGACUGUCUGUCCCACGCUUCAUUUAAAAUCGGAAAAUCAAAAAAAGUUCUCUCACAGCAAAAUAAUUACAUGAAUUUUAAAACAAACAAGUUAAAAAAACAAUAUAGCAACUUGAAAUGCUUCUUGCCAGUAUAUUUUUAUGGUUUGCUCAGCAGAGAGAUCCAUAGAAAAAACAAAACCUGUAUUGAUUUACUCAGUAUCACCUUGUGGCCUUUGCAGCAAUGAUUAGAGGAAAAGUGAUUAACAAUAA